CAGAUUUAUAUGUCUACCCCCUACCCCCUCCCUGCUUUCAUCACAUUUGAAACCUCUCAGAUCCAACAAUGAAGCUGCAAGUAACACUGGCACUGAUCUCUGUGCUUCUUCCACAAGCACUGGCGCUGCAAUGCUAUAUUUGUAUACCAGACCUGUCUGGUACAUGUACAAAGACACAGAAGGACUGUCCAGAUCAGUGUGGCAGCAAAACUACCGUCACGAACGUUGGUGGUCAACAACAGGAGUUUAAUUGGAAUUAUUGCACAGUAGCCAGCGAGUGUGUCAAUGGGAGCAUCAACCUGGGACUUUUGAAAAUGGCCUUCAACUCAAAAUGCUGCAGCACUGAUCUCUGCAACAGCCAGUUAGUGCCAGCUUUACCACAAGGGUCUCCAAAUGGGAAGAGGUGUUGUGCUGAUAAACACUGCACAAGAACCAUGAGCUGUGAAGGAGAUGAAGAUCACUGCGUCAGUGCGACAGCUACAGCUGGUGGUGUUCAGGUGACUAUGAAAGGAUGUGCGAGCAGAGGUUUCUGUACUGCACAUCCAUCGGACAUAGAGGAAGCAGGAAUUGCUGGAGAUGUGAGCUGCUGUGAGGGGGAUCUGUGUAACAGUGCUGAGAGGGUUAAGCUGAGUCUCCUCAUCAUGCUGGUUCCUCUGAUCUCCUCCAUCCUCUUCAUCCCGGCUUUCAUCACAUUUCAUUACAUCAAACUCUCACAUCCACCAACAAUGAGGCUGCAAGUCACCCUGCUGCUCGUCUGCAUGCUUUUCCCAGAAGCGCUGACACUGAAAUGUUAUCAGUGUUUACCUGGGUUGUCUGGAAAAUGCACAGACACCCAGACAGACUGUCCAGAUCAGUGUGCCAGCAGGACCACUACUGUGUACGUAGGUGGUGUACAAACGGGAGACAUUACUGUGAAGAGCUGUGCAGUAGCUGGGCAGUGUGUCACUGGGAGCCGAAACCUGGGACUUGUGAAAACGACUGUCAACUCGAAAUGCUGCAGCAGUAACCUCUGCAACAGCUACAAAGCACCAGUUUUGCCAAAAGGCUCUCCAAAUGGGAGGAAGUGUUACACUUGCACUGAUGACGACUGCUCAAGAACCGUGAACUGUGAGGGAGAUGAGGAUCAGUGCAUCAGCGCCAGAGUUCAUUCUGGUGGUGCUCAAGUGUUAAUGAAAGGAUGUGCGAGCAGAAGUCUCUGCACUGCGGACAAAUGGAGCACGCAGGCAGCUGGAGUCACUGAAGAUGUGACCUGCUGUGAGGGGAACCUGUGUAACAGUGCUGAGGGGGUUAAGCUGAGUCUCCUCAUCAUGCUGGUUCCUCUGAUCUCCUCCAUCCUCUUCAUCUGAACUUUCAUACCAUUUUUCUUUUCUGCCUUUAAGACUAGCAGAGCUGUGUAUUACAAUGUGUCCAAAUGCAGAGUCUGAAUUGUAAUGAAGAUUUUGUAACCUGAAUAAACUGAGUGCCGACUGUAA